AACAAAACUCUAUUUUUAAAUGAACUCUAAUAACAGUUAUGUAGGUGAAUCCUUCGGAAGAGUCAGCCGUCAAAGAUAUGUUCCAAAAAAAUAUCGUUCUUACGUAGCAUUUUAUUUGUGUGUUAUUAGUUGUUUUCUAACGCAUCUCACAUUUCACUUUUUUUUUUGUAUAACUCAUAUUUCUUAUAUAUUAUAGAAAUUAAAAACUUUAUAUAACCUCUCCAUUGUACAUAUUUCUCUUCACACAUCACACUGACAUACAAAAAUAUCACUCUCCAUUGUAUUACAAAAAAAGAAGAAGAGAAGAAACAGCAUGACAACAAUAUACGGUACAAAUCCGACGGCAGCUAACGACCUAGCCCCAAAACUGGAGUACAUCACACGCACCAACAACCAACACCACGUAAGACCCGGCCUAGCCACGCGCCGCCCAUGGAAGCAAAUGCUCGACCUACGCUCCUUCCACUUCCCACGUAAGAUAGCCUCAGUAAUCACCCGAAUCAAAACCAACGUCGUCUACUUCCAAACCAACUACACCAUCGUCGUCCUCUUCUCUGUGUUUCUCAGUCUGAUCUGGAAACCCUUCGCCCUCCUAAUCCUACUGGCCCUUAUCGGUGCGUGGUUGUUCCUCUACUUCCUCCGCGAUGAACCACUCACUGUAUUCGACCGAGAGAUCGACCACCGUGUUGUCCUUAUUGUCAUGUCUGUUCUCACUCUCUCGGUCCUUUUCUUAACUGACGCAAAACUCAAUAUUGCCGUGGCCGUCGUGGUAGGCGUGGUGGUUGUAUUGUUACACGCAGCUGUUAGGAAAACCGAAGAGAUUAACCAAAACGAAGAUGAAACCAGUCCUUUACUUCCCCAAGUAUAAAAUAGUCUUCAUUUGCUAGAAUAUUUCACAUUCAUGGCUACGGUUGUUUAGUUGUUUAUUUUGUUUUCUUCAAAUCCUUUUUCACUAAACUCUUGUUACCAUUGCUUAUUAGCAUUUAAUGUUUGUUUUCUAUUA